CAAAAAGGAACACAAAACAAGAAGAAACUUUUCACCAGCUCCAGCGUGGGGCAGGGCACAAAAUAAACACGCACGCCAUAAUGAUCAUCGCCAUUAAAAAUUCAUCAUCGCAGAAAAUUGCUACACCGACAUAGCCAACCAUGGCCUCCAUUUGCAUCUCCUCAACACACCGGUUCUAAGCACACAACAAUGAAAUUAUAAUAUGUUCCACUCCAUCGGUCAUGAAACCAAGCACACGGACGUUAGGUACUCGGUAAAUAAAAUAGUAAUUAACGGUUUAUCAAUCAAUUAUUAAAGUAUCAAAUUGAAAUAAUUUUGCUGGCUUCAUCAAAUAAUUAUAAUUAACUGACCAUCCAAGCAAUCCGGAGCGGUCCUGCCAACCACCAAUGCAGUAACGAUGACAACCUGUGCAUUUUAAACCCUUCAGCGUCGAAUAUAACGUACCUUGCCACCAUGUUCAGUCAAAAAACACAUGUUUUGAAUCAUCAAUUAUGAUUCUAGCUAGAGUUGCUGUAUGGCAACUCACUCCCACACACCACAAGAUUGACCUCACGCUCCAUCCACCUGAAGAAGUAGAGCAACUCUCGCUGGCUUGAUAAAAUUUUCAUCAGAAUCUUGUCAUGGAGGACACCAUCCCCAACAAGCUGACGAGAUAACAAAAGCAAGCUCCCAGAAUUUCCAAACGAAAGAAAAACAAUUCCUCACCCGUACAAAAUCACUCAUCGUCUCACAGUGGGUGGUAACCAUCAUCGCGUAAGCGAACAAAGACCUGCUGCGGUAACUUCUGACGACGCGACGGUGAUGAUAACAGACAUAGUUGCGCAAAACAACAAAGAGUGCCAUGGCCGCGUGCUGCUGAUUGCGCGUUUGCUCCGCCUACUGGAGCUACUGUUGGCUCGCUCUUGCUCAUUGCGGAUGAUAGUGACGGCACUCACCGGUUGCUGCGAUGGAAAACCAAUUUUCCUUCGCGUACCGCGCGCCGUUGGUUGGCUGCUGGGAAAAUUUGCAUGCUUUUACAUCGGCGUCCGGAAUCAAUCACAGUUGAUUGCGGGAAUUCGGUCGAUCCGGACGAAACACGGUGCGAUAUCCUGGAAAAGGUGCCCGACGGUUGGAGCACUUUGGUAGUAGUUUUGGAAAGUGAUACUGGAACUGUGAGAUCAUGUGAAGGAAUUUAAACUGUGUCGUGACAUGAGGAUUGUAAUCUCUUGUACAUAGUGCAUUUUAGUGUAAAAACAGGAUAACACGGAUUAACACAGCGCAGCAUGAACACCUUAACGCAGAACAUCAGCCCAAUACAUUCCAAUCUGGUACGAUUGCAGGACAGCACGACCGCAUCAUCUUUAGUCCUAGACUCCCCGAGCUCGUCGAAAUCAUCCCCCACGACUGUUGUACUGUCGUCAGCCAGCGGGGGUGACAAUCGAACAAACGGCAGCACGCUGAUAGUCACAGGGAACGGCAGUGCCGACGAGGCCCAAGCAAAUGACUUUCUCUCCACCUCACUGUCGUCCCCGGCGUCGGCGGCCUAUCUCUUGCAGCAUCACCACCACCACCUCCAUCACCAUCAUCAUCCUCAUCACGGUCAGCACCAGCAACAGCUAAUACAACAGCACCAACAGCAACAGCAAUUGCAACAACAGCAGCAGCAGGACCUCGUCCACAAUCAUCUCAGUACCAAUGGUCAUCCUCAUCACCAUGGGAACGGAAAUACCAGCGGCAACAGCUCGGCCGGCACUACCACCAAUAGUAAACGAAGUAUAGCAUCCCCGCCUCCGUCGGUAUCCGGAACUAGCAUCGCCACGUCGUCCUCGACCUCGUCCUCGUCGACGUCGGCGUCGGUCACUACGCUGUCCCACGUGAAUCCGUUUCACCACAGUGCUUCCUCGGCACUGCACAAUGAUUACUAUUCCGAGUACCGUCUGGGGACCGAGUACCGGCUGAACUCGCACCAUCCACAUCCCCAUCCGCGGGACUUGUGGACGGCUGCAGCAGCUGUUGCGACGCAUGAAAGCAUCCUAGAUGAGACCUGUGACAGCUACGGCUUGAGGCAUUCAGGUAAAACCCUCCGAAACGAACGCUCGGCAUUCUUCGAUUUCGCGACAACCCCUUCGACGCACCCGGCAGCCGCCGCCGCCGCCUACUGCUAUCGCCUGUCGACGCCACCCCAGCUGGUGAAACGCGAGCCAAGCGACGUAACGGCAUGGCACACCUACUCCGAGCGGAUGUUUUCCGAUCCGCUGUAUACCUCCCUGAAACUUCAAAGUCAACAAUCCUCCUCACCUCAGCUAGCACAGCACUCAAUCUUUCCGGAUUCGACCUCGCAUCUGGCUUCGGCGUUGGAGCAUACGCCUUGUCUCACCGCUGCUCAUCCAAACGACGCUGCCGAGAGCUUCCUGCACCAAGGUUACACCUAUCGCCAAUCGUCCGACAUUGUUACCUCAUCUGAACCCGACUACUGCUCCUCGGCCGGUGGAUCUGCGGCCCUCACGAGUAUAACCACGACUAAUCCAUCACCUCUGAACGCUCUUCCGGGACCCAACGGUCCCCUCCAUCAAAGACGGGGAUCUCUUCAGUUGUGGCAAUUCCUGGUAGCGCUCCUAGAUGAACCGGCGUCCAGUGCGGGAUGCAUAGCCUGGACCGGGCGAGGUAUGGAGUUCAAGCUAGUAGAACCGGAGGAAGUUGCCCGGCGUUGGGGUAUUCAGAAGAACCGCCCUGCCAUGAACUACGACAAGCUGUCGCGAAGUCUGCGGUAUUACUACGAAAAAGGAAUCAUGCAGAAGGUCGCCGGCGAACGGUACGUCUACAAAUUCGUGUGCGAUCCAGAGGCUUUGUUCAACAUGGCGUACGGAACAACCGGUGCUAGUAGCGCCAGUUGUGGUACAGCCAUGGAUUCUACCAAUCUACACGCUCACCAUCAUCAUCACCACCAACAGCAGCAAGGUAGUUCCUCUUCGCCAAGUUGCCAAGGUGGGCAGUCUACGCUUGGCGACGGAGGUGACGAGACGGAUCGUGGAUCAUACUUCGCAUCCGGAUCGUCAGCUUAUAAUCACGGAAACUGAGUAGGCCGGGAUGGUUUCUGAGGUAUUGUGUUGUAGUCAACGGCAUUCUAGGUCGUUGAUGGAAAUUCAAAGAUUUUCCUAUCGAUUUAGUUACCAUUGACGGUGAAUGAUGUUUUAAAAAUAAUAAUAAAU